AUGUCAAAAACUAUCCCAGAUGCUCUCAUAGACAAUGAUUCACCACAAGAGAAGGCCGAGAAAGAAUUUGGGUCCUUGACCAGUAAAGAAUGGCUCUUUGUCUCUAAGCAUAACCCUGGCGAGCCGCUUCCAGUUCCCAUCGAGGACGAACCUCCAUAUUUCAUCCUGAUUGCAACAUACCUUAAUUACCUUAUUUUGAUCAUAAUAGGCCAUAUUAGAGACUUCUUUGGGAAGUUGUUUCACCCUGAACUAUUCAGAGAUGUGAUGGUGAAAGAUGGUAUUGCUCCAUGGUAUGCCAAUUUUGAAAGUUUCUACACGCGUCGUUUGAAAACAAGAUUAGAUGACUGUUUUGCAAGGCCCAUAUGUGGAGUUCCCGGUAGGUACAUCAAAUGUUACGACAGAACCAGUGACGAUUACAACAAUACCUAUAAUUAUUCCGGCACCGUCACAGAGCGCUUGAAUUUGAGUUCAUACAACUAUUUAGGGUUCGCACAAUCCUCUGGUCUGUGCACCUCAGAAAGUAUCAAGACGGUGGAGAAGUAUGGUACCAACAGUGCUGGUCCUCGAGUUAGUGUGGGAACUACUGAUCUCCAUCUUGAAUGUGAGGACGUCGUUGCCAAAUUUACUGGCAAGGACAAUGCUUUGGUAUUUUCCAUGGGUUAUGGGACCAAUGCAAAUCUCUUCACCUCUUUGGUGGACUCUAAGUGUUGUGUUAUCUCAGAUUCUUUAAACCACGGAUCUAUCAGGACAGGUGUUCGUUUGUCUGGCGCCUCAGUCAAAACUUUUGCUCACAACGACAUGGCAGCGCUGGAAAGAACUUUGAGAAGUGUCAUUUCCCAAGGUCAGCCAAAGACUCAUAGACCCUGGAAGAAGAUUUUUGUUGCUGUAGAGGGACUUUAUUCCAUGGAAGGAACCCUUUGUAAUUUGCCAAAACUGGUAGAAUUGCGUAAGCGUUACAAGUUUUAUUUAUUUGUUGACGAGGCACAUUCUAUUGGUGCUAUGGGACCCAAUGGUAAGGGUGUUUGUGACUAUUUUGGCAUUUCUUCUUCCAAUAUUGAUAUUAUGAUGGGUACUUUUACCAAAUCAUUUGGAGCCACAGGCGGUUACAUCGCUGCCGACAAAGCCAUCAUAGACAGAUUGAAGUUAGAUCUCACAACAAAUACUUAUGGAGAAUCAAUGUCACCUGCUGUGCUCACACAAAUCAUUACUUCUUUGAAAAUUAUAGAUGGACAACUCAAUGGUAAUGAAGGUAAAGAGAGGCUACAAAGGAUUGCCUUCAAUUCUAGGUAUCUGCGAUUAGGACUAAAGCGAUUAGGAUUUAUUGUUUAUGGUGCUGAUGAUUCUCCUGUUAUCCCCCUUUUACUGUAUCUUCCCCCCAAGAUGCCUGCAUUUAGCCGAAUGAUGUACGAUAGAAAGGUUGCUGUCGUUGUUGUGGGAUAUCCUGCAACGGAUAUAACGUCUUCUCGUAUUCGAUUCUGCGUUUCCUCUUCUUUGAAGAAGGAGGAUAUAGAUUAUUUGCUCAAAUGUUGUGAUGAGAUAGGAGAUACUUUGUUUUUGAAGUUCAGCACAGGGAUUGCUGGUGGUGAGAAGCACCCGGGAGACUAUAAGAAGGGCAUUGCUCCUAGGUGGACAUUGGAGGAGGUUCUGGAGAAGACACCGGAGGAUUGCAAGAAAGCCAUGUACUAA